CUCCUUGCAUUAUAAAACCAGUAGUCUCCUCUCUCCCACUCCCACCUGCCCCUCAGAGGACCAGACUGAGCCGCAGCUCCAGAGGACCAGCUUCACACCACACUGAAGUGGCACGGGGCACUUUUCGUCUCAUAUUAUAACUCCCACCUCAGAGGACCAGACUGAGCCGCAGCUCCAGAGGACCAGCUUCACACCACACUGAAGUGGCACGGGGCACUUUUCAUCUCGUGUUAUAACUCCCACCUCAGAGGACCAGACUGAGCCGCAGCUCCAGAGGACCAGCUUCACACCACACUACAGUCUUGGUACAGAAGCCCUAAAGCUAUCAUGGACCCACCAACCAACGUGGAAGUGACAGACGCGAAGGCGGACUCCAUAACCUUGACCUGGGUCAAUCCGGCUGAGCAACAACGUCAAUUCCUAAUUAUUGAAUACAGAAUGAGGCAGGAGACUGAAUGGACCCAAGGAGACCCUGUGAAGAAGACCCAGGAGACAGUGACUCUGUCGGGACUGAAGCCGGACACAGAAUAUGAGAUCAGAGCCACAGCUGUGGGUAAACUCGGGUAUGCCAGCAGUGAUGCUGUUACUGCGGUAACUGCCAAAGCCGUCAUUAGUCCCCCAACCAAUGUGAAAGUCACUCAAGUGAAGGCAAACUCCAUCACCUUGACCUGGUCAAUCCCAGAAAAAUGUGGAGGUCUGAAGCAGUACAUCAUUGAGUAUAAGGAGGACGACAACAGCAGUGAUUGGCAGAGAGAGGAAACCAAAACAGAGAUGUACACAUUUACUCUGAGGAAACUGAAACCAAACACCACCUACUCCAUCAGGAUCUGCUCAGACGCGGGAAAAGGAGUGAGCCUUCCUGGGGAAGAGAUAAUGAAUAAAACAGAGAAAGGUCCAUCCGACACAAACAGCUUCACCCCACUCUCAGGUACCCCACCAAUCUAUCUGCUCAAUAUGAAACGAGCAGAAAGUGAGAUCAACAAAAUGUUUUUUGGAGAGGAAUCAUCCAGAAACCCCUCAAACAAAACAAUCAUGGUUGUUGGUGCCACUGGAUCUGGCAAAACAACACUCAUCAAUGGCAUGGUCAACUACAUACUGGGAGUUGACUGGGAGGACAAUUGGAGAUUUAAACUGGUAGACGAAGAUUUCAAUAAAUCACAAGCACACAGUCAGACCUCUGAGGUGACAGCCUAUCAGAUUCAGCGCACAGAUGAAUUCCGUUCCGAAAUUCCGUACUCCCUCACAAUCAUCGACACCCCAGGGUUUGGAGACACCAGAGGAAUCAAACAAGACAGGGAGAUCACAGAAAGAAUUAGACAGUUUUUCACCAAUAAGGAUGGCAUUGAUGCAAUUGAUGCAGUGUGCUUCGUAGUGCAAGCUGCUUUAGCUCGUCUGACACACACACAGAGGUACAUAUUUGAGGCAAUCCUCUCUGUGUUUGGAAAGAACAUCGCCAGCAACAUAAUCACUCUGGUCACCUUUGCUGAUGGCAAAAGUCCUCCAGUACUGGAAGCCAUCAAAGAGGCCAAAAUCCCAUGCGCCACACAGAAAGAUGGGACACCUGUCCAUUUCAAGUUUAACAAUUCUGUUCUUUUUGCCAACAACACAGCCGGCAGCGAUGAUGAGGACUUUGAUUACAUGUUCUGGAAAAUGGGAAAGGCCAGCAUGAACAAAUUCUUCACUCAUCUUGGAAUGAUGGAAACCCAGAGUCUGAUGCUGACAAAACAAGUCCUCGAGGAACGUAAACAGCUGGAGGCAACUGUUCAGGGAGUGCAGCCUCUCAUCAGGCAGGGUUUAGCAACCAUGGAGGAAAUACGAAGCACACAAGCCAUUCUGGAGGAAAACAAGGCUCAAAUUCAGGCGAACAAGAACUUUCAGUGGUCUCAACCGGUUCCAACACCUGUUAGGAUUAACAUUCCAUCAGGAACUUUCAUCACCAACUGCCAUGGAUGCAACUUCACCUGCCACUACCCCUGCCAGAUACCAAAUGAUGCUGAUAAAAGUCGCUGUGGUGCAAUGAGCAAUGGAAAAUGCACAGUGUGUCCAGGAGGAUGUGUGUGGUGUCUUCAUCACAACAUGACCUACAGAUGGGACACAAUAACGGUGACACAGACUACAACGUUUUAUGAUCUGAAGAGUAAAUACGAGGAAGCAAUGGGAGAGAAAAUGAACCAAGAGCAAAUAAUGGUGAAGUUGGAGGAGGAAUAUAAUCAAGUGCAGGCCAAGGUUUUGGAAAUGAUGGAAACUCUAACUAAAUGCCUGAAACGUCUGAAAGCGAUCGCUCUUCGGUCAGAUCCUUUGUCGACUCCAGACUACAUCGACCUGAUGAUAGAGUCAGAGAAACAGCAGGCCAAGCCUGGAUGGCAGCAGCGCAUCAAAGAGUUGCAGGAAGUGAGAGAAGGAGCUCUUCUUGUGCAGAAGGCGGCAGAGAAAAUCGUUCUCACUGGAGAAGAACAAUCGAAACUCCAGAAGUUGAGGGGAAUCGUAAAGGGGGCUGCUUUUGGGUUUCUCAAGAAGUUCAACUGAGACAGCAAGAAGAAUACAGCUUUUUUGCUCCGACACACACACACACACACACACACAGAGUUGCAAUUGUUUCCGGAAUGAGGGCGAGUGGACGCUGGCACGUUUUAGCUUCCACUUCUUGUUUCUCUUCCACUCAUUUUACUCACUUACCCACUCAAACAUAAUACAAACUUCGGACCAUCUUUCACCUUUUCCGGAAGGACGACCAACUCCCCGAUGCUCGGCUGUGGGGGCCUCAGCUACAGUACAUGUGUGCUGGGCCGCUUUUGUGGCUGCUCUACACAAUAUCUGCUGUUCGUUAAGACAUUUUCCACUGCUGCUUCCAACGCCACCUCAAACGCUGCUCCAGGAAGUUUUGACUGUUGGCGUUUCAGUUUAAUCCUCGGUCAGCAUCUUCGUGGCAUCCUGCCACGGCUUGCUCCUUGUAGGUGACCUCAAACGUCUCCGCAGCCCUGUCCAUAAACUUCACCAGCAUGUUCGGCUGCCUCCUUUGGCCGAGCCUGCCCCCCACGACGGGAGGCUCUGGACUUUCAUUUCCCUCUGGCCAGCAUGAGCGCUCCUUCUAUCGCUGUUUAUUUUUGUUGUACCUUUGUUGAGUCUUUUCAUGUCUUUGAGUGUCUAUUAAUGUUUGUUUUCAUGUUAUAUUGUCUGUAAAGCGUCGUUGACUGUCUGGAAAAGCUUAUUCAUUAUUGUUAUUUAGUUGCAUGUUUCAUUCCAUUCUUUUCCUGGUUGGAAAGAACAUUGCCAAUAUCAUGCUAGUCACCUUUGCUGAUCGGAAAAAGGGAAACUGUCAUUCCCUGUGCAAAGGGGACAGUUGCCCCGGGCCCAGGAACAGAGGGGGCCUAGAAUUGGGUUCUAAUUAUGUUGUAUGUAUUGGGUGGGGGGGCUUUCAGAUGACUUUGCCCUGGGCCCAGCCAAAUCUGCCAGCGGCCCUGGUUAUGGUCAUGCAUCCGAGAUAAUCUAACCUCAUUGGAUCUGCAUGUAUAUGUGGUUUGAUCAUGUUUCCGUCCUGGCCAAAUGCAUGUUUUCAGUUUUUACAUAACUUUAAACUUGUUACUAAUUGUACGACAGGUGACUUUUAUUGCAUUCUACAGUGCAUGACUGCUUUUUAAAAUAGAUUUUAUUUGGUUUUCCUCAUUACCACUGACUUGUGUCCGUGACAGUCACUACGUUUAUAUGAUGUUUUUAAUUCCGAAUUAAUAAUUCAGAAUUAAAUAGUUCCGUCGAGUUUACUUUUCUUUAAUUCCGAAUUCAGAGGUGUUUACAUGACGUUUUCAAAGAGGAAUUAAGCUUUAUUCAGAAUAGAAGUCACUUAAUUCUGAAUGAAAUGCCUCAUGUAAACGUAACAAUUUUCAUAAUCUGGUACAAGAUCUGCUCUGUUGAGUAAUUGGAGCUGACUCAACUUCGUGAUUUGUCAUGACAUCUAGAGCCAACGAGCACAUUUAGUGAGGUUUUGUCAUGACAUCUAGACUAGAGCCAAAGAGCUUAUUUAGUGUGAUUUUUCAUGACAUCUAGAGCCAAAGCUCAUAUUUAGUGUUUUUACUUAGUGUACACACUGUAUACUGUUGCUGUUGUGUAAUGUUUUCAAUCUCAUGUAGAGCCUACAGUAUACACAGAACUUCAGUCUGUACCAUUUUAACAUAAUCAUUUGAUUUCAGAUGAAUAAAACUUACUUGAUUUUCUUCAA